UCUGCUUGGCAGACGGUUUCUCAGACUUCCCUUAUUUUUGAUGACUGUGAUCGUUUUGAGGAGUACUGUUCAGCUGCCAAGGGGCCAAGGGAUGAGCUGGGGCCCUCCUUCCCAAUGGCAUCUCCCCCUGGUCUGGAACUGAAGACACUGAGCAGUGGUCCCCAGACCCCAAGGAGACCAGCUCCUCUAGGCCUCGUGGCCCCAUCCAGGCAGGGUGUGGAGAACGCCUGCUUCUCCUCGGAGGAGCAUGAGACCCGUUUCCAGAACCCUGGGGAUGUCAGACUGGGCAGCUCCCCCAGCCCUCCCGGGGGUGCACCCUCAAGGCCCCGGUCCCAGCGGGAUGACCUGUCCCUGCACUCAGAAGAAGGGCCAGGCCUGGAGCCCGUGAGCCGCCCGGUGGAUUAUGGCUUUGCUUCUGCUCUGGUUUUCCUGGUGAGUGGGAUCCUCCUGGUGGUGACAGCGUAUGCCAUUCCCCGUGAGGCCCAUGUCAACCCGGACUCGGUGACAGCGCGCGAGAUGGAGCGGCUAGAGAUGUACUACGCCCGCCUGGGCUCCCACCUGGACAAGUGCAUUAUCGCGGGCCUGGGGCUGCUCACAGUGGGCGGCAUGCUCUUGUCCGUGCUGCUGAUGAUCUCCCUGUGCAAGGGCGAGCUCUACCGCCGGCCGACCUUCGUCCCCUACAGGGGCUCCAGGAAGACCUAUGGCUCCAUUAACCUGCGCAUGAGACAGCUCAGUGGGGAUGGGGGCCAGGGCCUGGUGGAAAACGAAGUUGUCCAGGUCUCAGAGACCAGCCGCACGCUCCAGGGGUCUUAAUUAGGAGCUCCCCUGAUCUGAAACCCAAGGCUACAAGCCCCCCAAGGCCUUGGGUUUUAGACUGAGCUCCACACAGGGGCCUAGGGCAGGAGUCUUGGGUGCUGGAAGGGGAGGCCAGGGCCGGGCUCAGGCUCCCCUGCAGAGGGUGGCCCCCUGAUCUGUUUUGUAGCUUGAGGUUUUGUAUAAGUUUUGUUCGGAGAUGGCUUCUGCUGCUAAAAAUACAGAAGUUCAGAAACUGCUGCCCUUGGAGGAUGAGGUUUCUUGGCAUUUCUGACAAUUGAGAGCAGUUUGAAAGGCUGCCCAUCCUGUUCCUCAUGCCUUGGGAAAUUCCAGAAUCUCUGUAUACAGUCUUCAUCAGCAAAGUGUGGGUGCUGGGCGACUUUGGAGGGACCCCUUUCAGCCCUGACCAUCUAAGGUGGGAGGUGGCUUCACAAUGAGGGGAGAAGUCAGCACUGGGGUGACCCUCCCCUCUCCAGGACUCUGUCCCCCUGACUGUAAAGUGAGGGUUGGACUGGACGAUCCCUUGGGCGCCUCCAGUUCUGCCCUAGGAUGAGCGCCAUUAUCUGCCUCUGGCCACUCCUUCAGGGAGAAAGGUGUUCGGCAGGUACUGACCAUUCUCUGUGCCGUUUUCUGGGCCGCUUCAGGAGCUCUCACAGCCCUGCUAGAGUUCCCUAAGCCUCCCGGUGAUGCCAGGUUAAGUCCAAAAUUCGCUACAGCCUGGUUUUGGUCUUGGGAUUGAAUUUCCUGCAGUGACUAGAUCUUAGCACACAUUUCACAAAGUCAAGUGCACAGUUUUCACCAACUCCCUGAACAAGAGGGGUCUUUUAUGCAAGAAAGGGUGAGGGCUUUGCUGUGUUUCUAUGGACACGAGGUGGCCCUGCAUUACCUCCCCCUUCUCCAUAGUAUUUCUCGUGGGCCUGACUUUAUUCUGAUAGCAGAAAAAAAAAUUUUUUUUAGUGCUGAAUUUGUAAUCUCUCCCUCUCCUCCAGCCCUUCUCAGCAGUAAAGUGCAGUCCCGAAAUAUCUGGGGGGGAAUCAGGCACAUUUGGGUGGCCUGGAAACUCUGAUCACGGUUUGUUCGUUUCUCUUGUGGAGUGUUCCCAGGCUCUGUCCAGACUCUUUUUAAACUACGGACAAGGAAAGGAAGUGAGUUCUAGGGGGCAAGGAGAUACAGGUGUUUGAGGACUGGGGGAGACUCUGUCCAGUCUGAAUGGCCUGGGAAGGCUUUGAGAGUCCAUGCCUUCUAGGCCAUGGGCGGGAAGGGGUCAUUUCAGUGAGCCCCCUGACUCCGUGCAGAUCCUGUUUCACUCCAUCUCCACUGGCCAUGUGGGCCUUGGAUCUGACUGUCCCUUGGGGGUGGGCAGGUGGGGUGGGCAUGGGGUCUGUAGGCUAGAGCAGCCCUGAUUAGAGCUGUAACCUGAGCCUCCAGUCUGGUGAGUGGCACAUGGGGCAGUGUAACAUCACAGCUUCUAUGGGAGAUCAAGUAUCUGCUCCUGCCGGCAGGUUUUGCCAGAAGCAGAGGGCUAGGGGAGGGCUGGAGGGCACAAGGGCUGUUCAGCUUGGCCUGCCAGGUGCUGCUCCUGGUGAUGAAGGGAUGUGGUGCAAAAAGAACAAGGCUUCAAGAUGUGGAGAGAUUCACAAGCCAGGGCUUCCACCACGGUGCCCAUUUCCCCUGGGCUCCCCGUGAGGAGUGGAUGCAGAAAGUGGCACGAGCCAUUCUAGGGAAACGACAGUAGAACUGAGCAUCCCAAAUGAUGAGCCAAGGCCCUUCAAAUUCAUAAUGAUAAUAAAAACACAAACCCAGGCCAUAUGGGUUCCUGGGAUAGUGGGGGGCCCAUUUGGAGACUAGACCCGUGGAGUAGAUGCACCUGGGAUCAUCAGUUCCUAUAAUUUAAAUGCAAUGAAUUGUAUUUAGGAGCUAAAUCAGAAGAUGAAAUCCCAGGAAUCUCAGGUUUUCUCUAAGCCAGAGAAGCCUGCUUUGCAUCCUAAUGCAGAAAUUCCUUUAGAAAAUGUGUGUAAUGGAUUGAGGCAGUCAUUACCUUGUCAGUGAAUUAGGAAAACCUGAGAGAUGCCAAAAACAUUUCUCCAAGGUUGCAGCUGAACUCUCCCAGCAGUGGAUGGGAAUGAGGUUAGGGAGGAGUCAGCAGGGAGGGUGGCAGAGGGAGCCGAGAACUUCCUUUGCAGGAUUUUGGGGGGUACGUGUGGAGUGGUCCCACAGGACCGGUGGCCACUGGAAUGGGGCUCACCUCCAGGAACGGCCUCUCCCACCAGACAUGCUACUGGGGCGCAAGUCUUGCUUCUCCUGGCGCAUUAGAACAGAUAGCGACUUGGGAGUUGGGAAAACUGGGUUUGAACCCAGGCUCUGCUCUUUACUGGCUGUGUGACAUUAGGCAAGUUAUACUCCACCUCCGAGUAUAUUGCCUUCUUUAUCUGUGAGGUGAGAAGAAUGAAAGCUCGGGCUCAGGGAGGUGGUAAGAGAUGAGCUAGAGACCUGCAUGGUCCGGUCAGUGCUCGCUCUCCUCCCUGCCUCAGUGGAGACAACUGGAUUAGGCCUAAAACCUCAGGGUCAACUGCCUUUAUUCUCUCACGCCUCCUUCUACCCAUCGGCAGAUCUUUGUUCUGUCUUCAGAAUCUGACCCUCUGCUGCCCCCCCUCUGCUCCCCAUUCAGCCUCCACUCUGCAGCCAGAUGAAUCCUGUGAAAAGGUUAAUUGGGGCAGGUCACUCCUCAGCUCAGAACCUUCCAAUAUGGCUCCCUCUCACUCCAGGCAAAAGCAGAAGUUGUUGCCCUGUCAAAAGGAGGGUUUACCGUGCAGGCCCCUCACUUGCAUAGGCUCCAAGGUCCCGAGUCAAGUUUUUAUUUAUAAUUUUAAUUUUUAAAAGGAUGACCCCCUAAAUUGCCUAAGUUUUAGGUCCCUCACAAGCCUAUAUAAUAAAAGCCUGAUAUGCAAA